AUUUCAUCAUUUCUCGAUUGUUAUCGUUGUUUUCCUGUUGUAGUUUGUUGCAGUUAGUUUGAAUUGUCACUUAAUUUAAAUAAUAAUAAUGCGGUGUUUGCUGCCCUCGACCUGUCGCGGUAACACCUGAGUAACGUGACAGUUUUUAUUUGUUCAAAUGCUGAUUAUUUCGCGUGUUUAUCAGUUUGAUCUGUUUUAUGUUGGUAUGUAGUGUGAGUGUGAGUGUGUAGUUAUGCGCUGAUUUAUCUGUUAACGGACGGUUUUUAAUACAUAGCCGUAUAACAACGAGCCGCCCUAGCAAGAACCAAGUGGCAUAGGGCUUAAAAAGAUGAGCCCUUGAUUCACUGCUACAGUGUUCCUCGUUAGUAUAGUGUGGGUGCGUGUGGUGACCUCAUGGUCGUGGGUCAAGCAGGUCAGAACAUCACUCUACGCUGUACAUAUGACAUAAAGUACCACGGAGAGCGGGCAGUUUGCUGGAAUCGAGGAGAUAUACCCAACCAUGGCUGUGACAACAAGCUGGUCGCCACAGGCCAUUAUAUGGAGAGGGGGCGAAAUAUCUCCAGCAGGUUUCAGCUGCAGGGACGACUGAAGGACGGGGAUGUCUCUCUGACGAUACUGAACCUGACGGAGGCAGACGCUGGGCGGUACGGGUGCAGAGUGGAUAUAUACGGGUGGUUCAAUGAUGAGAAGCAUCACUUUGAUUUGACCAUUAAAGGAGCUCCGUGGGCAACUACAUCGGCAACAUCACACAGAGAGACGUCGACGUUGCAGACAACAGCCAGACUCAAUCCAGGUCAGAUGACAUCCACCCACAGCGCCAUAACUUCCUGCUCCAGCAGUGUCAGCAGUGUUGAGGCUGAGGGGAGCAGCGCUGUGACAGUGGUUCUGGUGUGUGUUUUCUGCAGUUUGACAGCACUGGCCGCAAUAGGUGGACUCAUCCUUAUCGGACGGAGGUGGAGGUUCAACAAAAUCCCUCAGCAGCAGGUCCACACUUCAGCCCUCUUCAACUCCCCCUCAUCCACUCUCCAUCUCCAAAGUCGAGGUUCGGCGGUGGAGAACAUCUAUCAGAUAGACGGAGGUGCCAACGGAGGCGAGUACGAUUACUGUCCCUGAGGUCUGAAGCUCUGCCUGCUGAGCUGCUCAGGGAGGACAAUGAGCUCUUUACAACACACCUGCAGCCCCCCAGUCCGCCACCAGGAUGAGGCUUCACUGGGACAGGGCGAUGGACAUGAACCUCUCCAACAAUAAUAGCUGAAGAGAUUCUGCUUCUUUGAACAAAGAAAAUCUGCAAACUUUGCAACAAAGGCAACUACAAGUUCCAGAGGGCCCUGCUGUAAGAAACACCCAGUCACAGAGCUCAUAAUCACAUGUGGUGAAGAGAGCCAGAAAGACAACUUGUGCGCAUUUACAUCAUCAAGGUGGUUCUGAAAAAGCAUGAGCAGUGGCAAGAUGAUGCUGUUUGCCUUAAAUGUGCCUUUUGGUCCAUGUUUGGUUAUUGUGCGGCCUCUGUUUGUUUUGGUUUCUGGCACUUCUGUAUAUCUGAGCA